GACAAAUUCAUCUGAGCAGAUUGUAAUACUCUGACCAAUACCGGUGACAACUUUGUGAGAGAAAGGACGUUGAUGGCGUGAUAAAAUAGUGGUGACAUAUUUCGAUAGAGCUCAAGCCAAAAAAAGACGUCAAUAAAGGCGAAAUGGACCUCAACAAAACCACUUUGGACGCCGGCCAUGCAAACAAAAUAAAUUGUACCUACGAUGAUAUACCACCAGUUCUGGAGAAGUAUGAAACAGCUUGUCUUAUGCUGCUUGGAUUUGGAGGAAUCUCGUUGGUUCUCGCGGUAUCUUACAACUACAUCAGACGUAAUGUUUAUCACGAAGAAAAGAAUGUGGAUAGGACUUUCGACGCAGGUGGAAAAGUCAGCACUAGUUUGACGGCUGUGACAGUGGCAUCACAGCUGCUCUGGCCCGGGGAUUUGAUGCAAAGUGCAACUGUAACUUAUAAGACUGGUAUAGCAGGACCGUUUUGGUAUACAGUUGGAGCAGCCAUGAACAUAGCUGUGUUUCCUGUAAUGUCCGCGCAUCUAAAGACAAAAGCACCUGGAGCAAAAACCUAUCCCCAGAUCAUUCAAGCACGACAUGGUAAAUUGGCACAUAUUAUAUACUCCAUACAAGCACUUCUUGUAAACAUGGUCAUAAUUGCCUCUCUAGUCGUUGCUGGUACUGCGACGAUAAAAUCAGUGACGAAAGAUGCUUCAGAUGAGUUUUGCACUUUAGUCAUCGCCACUCUUUUUGGAUGUUAUUCUUUCAUCGGUGGAUUGGGAACGACGUUCUAUGUCUCAUACUUUAAUACUGUUUCUAUAUAUGUCUGCCUCACAAUCAUCAUUGUUAAUAUCUUCUAUAACUCCGACAAUGGAUAUUCAUUUGACAGUGUCUACAAUAAACUAACCAACGCAACACUAAUGAAUAAGGUAGUGGACGGGAAUUUAACAAACACGAAAAUAGUGACCGGAAUAGAAGGGAAUCUCGGGAGUAGCUAUUUCACGUUUGUAUCUGAGACAGGUUUGAUUUAUGCACUUGUUGGUUUAGUUUUGACAUCAUCCAUUACAUAUUGUGACCAGGCAUCUUGGCAAAGUAGAAUAGCAGCCAAACCCAUGCAAGGAGUGACCGGUUUCUUUCUAGCCGCUUUGAUGUGGUUUGCCAUUCCAUCAUCUAUUGCAGUAACAACUGGCAUGACUUUUUUGUCCACUGUAGAUGAGAGGGGAUGCUUUCCGCUAAGUGAGGAACAGGUCGAACAAGGUCUGGUGACACCUUUUAUUGCCAAGAAGGUCCUCGGUGACUCGGGGAGUUAUCUGAUCCUAAUAAUGGUUGGUAUGGCGCUCAUGUCGACAGGUGCAGCGGAAGUAAUGGCAGUUUCCUCGAUUAUUGUUUACGAUAUAUAUGCUGCCCAUAUCGCACCAUUUCGGAGAGAUAUGAUGUAUGGUCUAUGUAUAUUAUGUGGAAGAAUAAAGAGCGACGACGAAUCCCAUGGCAAUAGUCCCGUCAAUUCUCAUGGCUGCCAAUGCCCGGAUGCUCUGACUUGUGAACACUGCAAGGAAAAAGAAACAGAUAUUAAAUGCGAGGACGACAAAUAUGUCGUACACAGGAAAUAUCUGUGUCCGUUUCAUGGAAGAUUUAGAGUUUAUCAAGACAGACUUUUCAAUUACAAAAACUGGUGCAUAUUAUGGAUAUCGUUGGCUAUUGUUCCAUUAGGACUUGUCGUUAUAGAAACUGGUAUAGAUUUGAAUUGGGCUAUGUUGACUGGAUCAGUUUUUACGAUCCCAGGACUACCAGGAUUAGUCCUAACGAUAUUCUGGGCGAAAUCGACAUGGUUGUCAGUAAUUUUAGGAAGUUUGACAGGAUUAGUUGGGGGAUUUUCAACACUAAUAGCUAUGGCAUCACGAGAAGAAGGAGGCCUGGAUAGUUUUGUGAAAAAUACAGCAAUGCCACAUCCUGUUUUAGCCGGUGGGUGUGCAAGUUUAUUCGGUAGUCUUUUAGUCAACGUGCUUGUAUCUCUUUGUACACAUAACAUACAAAACGAAGAGGAUCGCCUACUUGAAUGGAAAAAACUACGGGCAAUUGACAAUCCGCUGCAUCCAUGGACGGAGUUCUAUAGAGAGGAUUUGCCGGAAGUUGCUGCCCAUGAAAAACCAACGAAGAAACAACUGUCUUCGAUUUUUAGACCUGCUAAGUACGUUUCUUACAUCUUUGGUGGAAUAUUUUUGUGCAUUUUUGUUUUUAUAAUACCAGCUGUAAUGACCAGUUUAAAAAUAUUUUCUUUCGAUGAUUUUCAUGUUUGGACCAUGAGCUUACAUGUAUGGUGUUUUAUUAUGGCUGCGAUCAUUGCUGUAUUAACUCCAGUUGAGGAAAUCCUUCAGAUUGUAGCCGCUUUACAAGGUGUCCAGUACGGCACAGAUGUGUAAAAUGAACUUAAAAACAUAGGUAAUGAAUACACGAAUAAAACAUGUGUAGUUAUAAGAUCGGAGAUAAAAAAAAAAUCUUCGUUUUACAACAUAAACAAACUAAACCGAAUAGAUAUUCAAUCGACACAAGACUAUGGACUGAAUGCCGAAACUAGUGCAAAUAGAAAAACACUCGAUAGAAGUUACUUUAACAAUGUUGUUACUUUAACAAUGUUUACUUUUGAAGGACACUUUAAUGUACUUGGUGAAUUAUCUUAAUCAUUUUAGGAAAUAAAAACUCAAUGUAAGGUUAAUUUAUACACAUUUUGUUUGUGAAAAAUGAAAUACAACAGAUUACGAACCAAUAAGAAAAAAUAUCAAUGGUAUAUUUAAAGUUUUCUCUCUAGAAUUAAAUGAAUAGCCAGUUCAUAUUAUAAAGUCGACUUAAAAAUAACAGAAUGACCACUAGUAUUCCAAACAUUUAUAAUCGAGAGUAUGAAAAGUGAAGAUAAAAAUCGAAAAAUACGAUCAUGGCUGUUUCAUGGCUUGCAACAGCAUUUUUCAAAAUAAAACGACUUGAUAGUCUAUCAUUAUAUUCGUUCCGGUUGAUUGUACACAAUAAUGUGUUUAGAAGUAGAUGUAUUUAUAUAAAUGUUGUGAUAGCAAAUACUUUUUUCUUAAUAAAUCGAAUUCAAAAUUUC